AUGCUAUCGGGGAUCUUGAUUUUUAACCAGAAGGGCGAGAAUCUUAUUUUCCGCGCCUUCCGCAGCGACUGUCGCCCGCGCCUUGCAGAUAUUUUCCGCAUCCAGGUCAUCUCUAACCCGCAGGUCCGCUCCCCGAUCCUGACCUUGGGCUCGACGACCUUCAGCCAUGUCAAACACGAGAAUAUCUAUCUGGUCGCUGUGACCAAGAGCAAUGCCAAUGCUGCUCUGGUGUUCGAGUUCCUCUACCGGCUGAUUAUGCUGGGGAGGAGCUACUUUGGCAAGUUUGAUGAGGAGGCUGUGAAGAAUAACUUUGUGUUGAUUUAUGAACUGCUCGACGAAAUUCUUGAUUUCGGAUACCCCCAGAACACCGAGACCGAUACCUUGAAAAUGUAUAUCACUACUGAAGGGGUCAAGUCAGCCAUCGCGAACUCCCCGUCCGACUCGAGCCGCAUCACCAUGCAGGCAACCGGUGCGCUCUCAUGGCGACGCUCGGAUAUUAAGUAUCGCAAGAACGAGGCCUUUGUGGACGUGAUCGAGGACGUCAACCUUUUGAUGUCUGCGACCGGCACGGUGCUGCGCGCAGACGUGAAUGGGCAGAUUGUCAUGCGAGCAUACUUGACAGGCACCCCCGAGUGCAAAUUUGGACUGAACGAUCGACUCCUUUUGGAUAAUGGCGAAUCAUCAGGGUCUCAUGGGGGACGGGGAAAAAGCGGGAUCUCUGGCGGAAACAAGGCUACACGAGCCGCUGCUGGCUCUGUCACCCUGGAGGAUUGCCAGUUUCACCAGUGUGUCAAGCUUGGCCGGUUCGAUGCCGACCGGAUCAUCUCUUUUGUGCCGCCAGACGGUGAAUUUGAGCUGAUGCGGUAUCGCGCAACCGAGAACGUCAACCUCCCUUUCAAGGUGCACCCGAUCGUACGCGAGAUCGGCACGACCAAGGUUGAGUACAGCGUUGCAAUUAAGGCGAAUUACAGCGCGAAACUGUUUGCUACCAACGUGGUUAUUCGCAUUCCCACUCCUCUGAAUACCGCAAAGACCACGGAGCGUACGAGCCAGGGCCGUGCUAAGUAUGAGCCCGAGCAGAACAACAUCGUCUGGAAGAUCGCUCGCUUCUCGGGGCAGAGUGAGUAUGUGCUCAACGCCGAGGCUACACUUACAACCAUGACCCACCAAAAGGCCUGGAGUCGGCCUCCUCUCAGCCUUUCAUUUAGCAUUCUUAUGUUUACUUCGUCUGGGCUACUUGUGCGUUAUCUCAAGGUCUUUGAGAAAAGCAAUUAUAGUUCUGUCAAGUGGGUGCGGUACAUGACCCGCGCAGGAAGCUAUGAGAUUCGGUUUUAA